UGUUUAGUCUGUUUUUUUUAGACUGGUGCUGCUCGUCGGUCUACACGUGGGGAGGAGAGGCUGACUUUCCACAGGGACACGUUUGAAAACUCACAUAAUCAGUAUUGCCCUCAUCGUGGCGGCACCGAGGAUCCUGAAAUACCGUGUAGCUGUUAGUGUCCUGAGGAAAUGCCGCUGAGGUUUCGCUCUAUUGUGCCCUACACACUACCCGGAGUCCUUGCACUGAUUGGCUGGUGGUGGUACAUCUCGCGGAAGAAAGAGCGGCUAAUCAGCCAUGACAGCCCAGAGGGGGCUGCAACCGCUAUGGGCCUUAGAACAUCUCCAACAGAGGGUAGCAAUGGUUUGGUUGAGAAAAGCACGGUAUCCCCCACAAAUGACACAGAAAGCCCCUGCCACAGACCUCCACAGGCCAGUAACCUGAGAACAGAACAUGAAAAUAUUUCCCAGAUCCAUGUCCAGGGCACUGAAGCAGAACCUUCACUGAAACAAAGUUCCGAAGAAGCAGCCCCACACCUUGGCAGAAUAAGACAAGAGGAAGUCCAUAAACCCUCAGUCUCAACUCUACCUUCACCUGGCAAAGAAGACCACCUGCAGGUGUCACUGAAAGACCAUAAAGACCCAGAGAAAACCUCAACACCUACCUUGGUAAAAGAGCUGGACAAACACCUAGUCAAAGCUCCAGCCUCUGCUCCAGAAGCCACAGUCGAAGAGGUCAUCCUGCCCUGCCAGUCUACCAAAGUCACCAGCUCCUGCCCCACAACAACACAUCGUUCUGAUGCAGAGAGGCCGGAGCCAGAAGGGGAAGUGGCAAAGCACCACAGCGCUGUUAAUAUACAAGAUGAGAUGAUCGUUUGUGCAGUGACGCCAGCCAAAGUAAAGACAGUGAUUCCAUCAGAGGCUGACUCUUUAGAGACACCACCUUCAGCGCAGGAUUUCCACCAACACAUUGUAACCAGCACACCUACCUCCCCGACCCCGACCUUCACAGCCCUGACAGCAGCCCAAGACUCCACCACCACAUCACAGGACAUCCAAGUACACAGUGGCAGUGGAGAGGAGCAGGAUCUGGAGCUUCUUGCAGCUGGACUCAUAACUGAGGUCAUCUCGGCAGCCACCCAGGAGGUCCUCGGUGUCACCAGCUGCCAGGUUACAGACAACAGCCAGCCCAGCUGUAGUAGCGGUUCACCGCUGGCUAGCAGCAGACUAUGCUUCCAGCAGGAGACCAGCACAGCAGAACAGCAGCACCACCAUCUACUGACAAGCCCCUCUCAGAAAUGCUAUGAAUCCAGAGAGGCCGCAGAGGAACAAGAGCAAGGAAUGCCUAAUGGAUGCUCCUUGGUUCCAGUAUGGGAGCCUGUUGAGGUCAGUCACAGGGUUCAUCAGACAAACCAUGCACAGAGAAGCCACUGGCUAACACCAUCGCACCAAGCAGCACAAAGUAGUCCUUUGCAAAACACGAAACUGAAAGGUGAUGAAGGAGCUGCGCUGGCCGACGACUCAGCCUGCAGUACGUGCCACUCUGAGGACGGCAUCAGCAACGAGGAACUUCAGAACAGCAUGUUUGACAACCAAAUGGAUGUGAUCCAGGUUACAGACUUGUCAACAAGAGAAGCCACACAGCCUCAAUCACUGGUUGAGACCGCCACUGAGGCGUCCGUGUUGGCUGAGGAAAACUCAGUGGAUGCUGUGUGUGAGAUAAAGAGGCUUAAUGGAAUGGGACUGAGGAAUGGAGCCCAUGGGACAUGUGAGGUGGAGACGGACCAGUCUGGAGGCUCUGAUGUGAACAGUAUGGACUCAGUGGAUAGCGGCUGCACUAUGAGUGCUGUGGAAAGCCAGAGCAACCAUGGUGCCUCCUCCAGCUCUGACCUCAUCAUCUGGGAGAUUGAGGUGCCAAAGCAUCUUGUCGGGCGGUUAAUAGGGAAGCAGGGAAGAUAUGUGAGUUUCCUGAAGCAGAACUCUGGCGCAAAGAUCUACAUCUCCACCCUGCCUUAUACACAGGAGUUCCAGAUCUGUCACAUAGAGGGUACGCAGCAGCAGGUUGACAAAGCCCUGUCCUUGAUUGGGAAGAAGUUUAAAGACCUGGACUUGACCAACCUAUAUGCACCUCCGCCACCCCCACUCACAUUACCAUCACUUCCCAUGACCUCCUGGCUUCUGCUCCCCAGCGGAGUGACCGUUGAAGUGAUAGUGGUGAACAUCGUGUCAGCUGGUCAUGUCUUUGUCCAGCAGCACACUCAUCCCACCUACCACGCCCUACGAAGCCUCGACCAGCAGAUGUUCCUCUGCUACUCCCAGCCAGGCACUCCCACCCUGCCCUCGCCCGCUGAAGUUGGUGUGAUAUGUGCAGCUCCAGCAGUGGAAGGAGCCUGGUGGAGAGCUCAGGUCAUCACCUUCUACAAGGAAACCAAUGAAGUGGAGAUCAGAUAUGUGGAUUAUGGAGGCUAUGACAGAGUUAAGAUCGACUCACUACGGCAAAUAAGGUCUGAUUUUGUAACGCUACCAUUUCAAGGUGCUGAAGUACUGCUCGACAACAUUGCCCCACUUCCAGGAGAGGAUCGCUUUUCACCAGAAGCCACAUCAGCGUUGGAGGAGAUGACCAGGGGAGUGGCACUGCUCGCACAGGUCUCAAACUAUGAUAACAACACAGGCCUGCCGCUAGUCCACCUGUGGAAUAUGGUUGGAGAAGAGGUGAUUUCUGUUAACCGUACGCUGGCGGAGAGGGCCCUCAGUGUUUGGGUGGAUGGAUUUUGAACUCCUAACAUGCUCUGAUCUCGCACACACGCGCACACACACACACACACACACACACACACACACACACACACACACACACAUCCUAAUCUCUUGCGAUCAGCAGUUUGGGACCCAGGUCAUGCUGGGCUCCUGGCCCCACCAGACACACCACUGGAUCUAAGAAGAUUGUUUUUCCUUUUAUUUCUUUCUUUUUUUUUGUCCUCUGUCCCCCCAUUCCUUUGAAAAGAAAUUAAAAAUUGUUUGCAGGCAUAAUCUACAAGAACAGCACUGCUUCGAAAUAAGACAACCUCUCCCUUCUUGGUCUUGUACACAAAAAUAACUUGCAGAAGGAAAGAAAGAGGUACUUGUAAAAAAAAUAAUUUUUUAAAGUCUAUAUUGUAAUUAAAUAAAGGUCGAACCAAUAUUUUUUCCUUCCCCAUCCUACCUUAAUUUUUGCUCUGGGCCUUUGCUCACUGACUGGAUCAUCAUGCUGUGUGGAAGGACAAACACCUCCAUCAGACUGGAGACAUUUCAACAGUCAGAGUUUCAUUGACACCUCAGCGAUAGUCGUCUGUAAGUCACUACUUUCAGAGUUAAUUCAGCAGAUUUUUGCAUGGAUAGAAUGUAGGUGGCAGAGGGUUAUGGAGACUGACGGGUGCUAACGUGGCAGAGAGCAGAGGCUGGUCCCUGGUGGAGUACCGAGCACCCAGCUGGUCUGCCCGGUACUGCGGUCUCAAGAGACACGGACUUCUCUGGGGUCUCCGUCCAGAGCUGCUGCUGCACCUCCAACAAGAACAGAGGAGCAAGCGGGUUGCUUUUGCUCUACCUUUCUCCACCAACUUGCACUGAGUACAGAGGAAUUUCAACCUACCAGACAGAAUGCAGUUGAACAACUUUUCAAAUUGGAACUCUAAGUUGGGCAAGAUUCCUUUCAUAUUUCCAAGAUGCAUUUUUCUGUCAGUGAGGCAACGUAAGACUGACAGUGCAGAUCAUCACAUAGGGACCGUUUGUAAUCCUCAAAUUACAUCUGAUCUGUUUUUAAAGACUGACAUAAUUGUAAAGAUCCACUCCAAUUUUGUGAUAGCAUCCCAAAAUGCCUAUAUUUAGUGCCCCCAAAGUCCCAAAAGCUGAUUAUUUUUUUCUUUUUGUUUUUUCAAUAAUUUGAGCACAAUUUAUUUUUUUUAUUUUUUUUUUUUUUUCCCUCUCAAGAACAUUUUUUUUUUUUUUUAAAAAAAGCUGGUAUAUGGAAACUGGUUAAACAUGUAAAUCUGAAGGGAAAUGAAGCUGCUAGUGAUUUACCAUUACCAAUAUUUAAUGUUGGUCAAAUAACUGAAUGUCUCAUGGGUGUCCUCUGUUUAAGUAAUUCCAAAGAAAUGAGGAUUUUCACUGUAAUUAGUGAGUUUCACUAUGAAGGCAGAGUGCCGCUGUUGUCCCACAAUGAGGGAACCACCAAACUCUCACUGACAUGGGAAAGAAACACUACACAAUAUUUAAUUUGUAGAGCUGCUCUUCAGUGUCAACCUGAUAUUAACUGUUGAUUUGAAUCCAGUGUGUCAUUAGUAUGUAUGGUGAAGCAGCCAAGAAGCGCAGAUGUUCUGUGCUCUUCACUGUGCUGAAAGCCUCAGUGGUCUCUGUUAACCUGUCAGCAGGGCCUUGUUCUUUAAAUGUGGAUAAGGUGAUUCGACACACCGCGGGAUCUGCCACUUCGUCAAAGCUAUCUUAAAGUUGAUGUGGAUGAGUUGUCAUAGCAACAGGUUCUCAAACCUGAGAAAUGUCAAUAUAACUCGGGGUUUCAGGGACCUGUAUCAGCAAGCAAGUUCAACUUAAGCCUGGAUUCACUGUGCCUGACAGUGGUGAUCCUGAAAGCUGAUAUCACGAAGCUGGUGAUCAGUUAACUCUGACUUUAUUACAAACAUCAUCAUCAGAGCCAUGAGUAUGGAAUACUUGAUAUGAAACGAUGAUAUCAGUGGGGAGACUUGGUUAUUGAGGCAGCAAAAGAAAUGUGUAAUUAUGACGACAACUUGAAUUCAAAUAUGACAUUAAGUCGAGGCUACAAAUACGUAUAGGUACGUCUUUUUGUGUGUGUGGCUUUUAAUGUAGUACAGAAUAAAUGCUUGUGCUUUCUCCUAAAGAUGAACAAAAUUCAUAAGUGUGAUUUACAUGAAACCUCAAAAAUAAUAACUGUUCUGCUGCCUGGGCAGAGAGGGAAAAAGAAGCCUACACCCGAUAAGCUUUCAAAAACUCUGUUUUAAACCUAGAAUGGAUGCAACAAAGUGAUUCUACUCAUGAGUUGUCACUUCACUGUAACCUUGUUAUGCCUUCGCAGCAGCGAUAGCCAUGGCUGAAGGCAUUAUGUUUUCAGGUCGUCUAUAUGUCCUAUUUUAGUGAACGUGAUAUCUCAAGAACACUAUUAGGAAGAAUUAUUAUUUAUUUAUUUUUUUUGUAAUUUUGGCAAAAAUGUCCACUUGGACUUGAUGAUGAACUGAAUAGAUUUUGGUGGUCAAAGGUCAUUGUGACGUUGCAUCUGUCAUUUUCGUGAAUGCAGUUAUCUAAAGAACACCUUGGGGGAAUAUCCUCAAAUUUGACACAAGCGUUCACGUGGACUCAAUGAACUGAUUUGAAGUAAGUGGUCAAAGGUCAAGAUCAGUGUGUCCUCAAAAAACAUGUUUAUGGCCUAAACUCAAGAAUACAUUCACUUACUAUGAUUUGGUCAGAUACUAAAUUGGUGACACAAAAUCUUGAAACUGGCCUGAUCGUAUAGCUUUUCUGUCGGGGGGGAGAGAAGAUGUGUGUGAAGAUCCAUUUUUCACAGACAUGGAUGUAAACUAAGAGAAACUCGAUGGGUUCGUGGAGGCAUACAAACAUAAGGCAGUUAUUCUAGUUUUGAUGUCAGGAUGAUGACUUAUACUUUCCAAAGAUCUUCAGUCAGCAAAGGAGGUUGACAGCAGUGCAGCAUAUGUUACCAUAGUAAUAUUCCUAGGUUAAAAGUGAGCCAGCUUUGUGAUCCCGGAAAACCUGAAGCAAGCCACUAAUCUCACUGUGUGAUACAGGCCCCUGAUGGGAACUUUUUUCUUACUGAGAAUUAUCAACAUGUUAGUGUAAUUACACAUUCUCACAAAGGCUGGAUGUCUUUGUUCCAAAAAAAAGAAAAAAAGAACACAGUGUCACUCAAGGUAAUGUAAUCCAGCCUUUAAUAAGAUCAGUUCUUUAAGUGUGUUUGACACACAGAGUCUGCUGGAUGAGACAAGAUCAUUUUAGCAGGCUAACAUCACGGUAGCCUGAGGGGGAUUUCAUAGAGAAUGAUCAUAAGAGAAGGGUUUGUUGUAAAAGGCCUAGCUUCAGUAAUCUUAACAAACCAGGAGUGAAUGUUCCUAAACCCAAAUCAUGACUAACGUGGUCAGAUUAAUUGAAGCGUGGUUUAAGAACACAAACGUGAAGCACAGAUCACCUCCAUCCACAGUGAAGAAAACAGACAUGAAGAGAGAACUGGUAUAGAAACUUUGGAGUUUCUGUGAUAACUUAGAAAUUAUUAAACCUAUUUUGUUAAACUAAAAAAUAGGCUGAUUUACUCUAGUAAUCCUGCUGAUAUUUUCUGAAACCACCCUCUGGAUUAGUAAAACUACAUUUGGAGAAUAAGGUCCCGCUGACUAUGUGUUUCUCUUCAGUUUAAUCUUCAUCUGAAUGUGUCUUGUCACUGUGGUAUAGACUUAUUUUUUCAGACACUGAAUCACAAUGUUUAUCCAAUGAUAUGGAAUCGGACCUUCCUGUGUUUGCACUUCAGUGUUUGAUUCAGCCUGAGGGGGCUGAAUGAACCCUGUAAGGCAUUCAUUUCCACUAUGACUGUAAUCUAAAUAACAUGUGUUUCAUAUUUUUAAAUUCAGUGUCUUUUCAAUGGAAAUGAAAUCACUGUUAUUCUAGCAAUAAGGCAGCUUUAUUUUUAAACUGACAGAAUGGGGAAAUGGUUGGGCUUUAAAGGGAUAGUUGAUUUUUGAAGUGGGAUUGUAUGAGGUACUUAUCCGUAGACAGUGUAUUACAUGCAGUAGAUGUCAGUUGGCAAGUUUUUCCAGUUUGGAUAAACAGGCUGGAGUCUUACAUGGAGGCUAAGCAAUGUACUGCUGUGGAGGGGUCGGCAACAAAAAAUAUUUUAACAAUCUAAAAGAAAAGUCCCACCUUUUAAAUAAUCAGUAUCAGUUUAAGUGUACUCUAUGAUGGGAGUAUUUUCACUGCUUUGCUUUAACAUCAGCCAGUGUUUUCCAAUGGGGAAACAAAGCCAUUUUAACGCUCCUUUGAAAGCCAGACUCCAUUGAGAAAAACUGAUUGAGUAUUGCUGAACACAGGAGCUGCUGGUCUACCACUGCCUCAAACAGUUUUUUGUGUGUUUUAAUGUGUGACUUUGGCGUCGAAAAGGGUGAGUGGGGAUUCAUCAGAGUCACACAAUAACACUAAUUAACUAAUUAAUAGGUCAUGGCAGUGGUAUACCAGCACCUCCUGUGUUCAGCUUGCUAAAAUUACUGCUUUUGUCAAUAUAGUCUGGUGGCUUUGACAAGAGCAUAGAUGGGGAACUGAAGCUGUUAACGGUAAAGUGCUGAAAAUACUCAAAAUAUAGCGUACACUUAAACUUGUAUUGAAUUUUUUAGAUUGCAUCUAAAAAGAUUGCAUCAGAAUCUGUUUUGUUGCCAUCCAGGGCCAUGCAUUACUUAGCUUCCGUGUCAGACUCCAGUCUGCUUCUCCCAACUGGGGCCGUGCCAACCGCCAUCAACUGUAUUUGAUACACUGACUAUGGAUAAGUACGUCAUACAACCCAACUUUAAAACAUCCCAACUAUCCCUCAAAGUGUUACAUUUGACACAACUAAGAAGUAGGAAAGCUAACUGCAUAACUGUUGUCAACAUGUAAAGAACACUACAACUCCUCAAUAAUACUUCAUUUUAAUAAUGUAUCUCAGGAAUGGUUUGCCUGAGGGCAGCUGAUGGAAGAAAUGGGCAUGAUUGUGCUUGACAGAGAAAAAUGAGAUGUAUAGGAAAUUAGGCAUUUUGACAAAUAAUUACAUAUGAGAUGUAGAAAUUCUUGAAGAAGGUGUCCUCAAGUUGGUGCUGGAAUUGGAGCAGUAGCCAUAUUGUCUGUUGCUGGCUUGUGUGCAUUAUUCCUCUGUGUUUCACACGAACUAUCUGUCCUUCCUUUUUUAAAUCCAGAUAAUUAUAUUCCCCCCUGCUCUAAGACAACAAACCAGAAGCCCCUGACCACACCUUCAAGCAUCUGUUUGAUCAAACUAGUUUUGUUCAUUUCUCUGUAAAUAAGAUAUUUGACUGUACUUUUCUAUAACACUGGAGAGAAAGAGAUAUAAAGGGAACAUUUUUUUUUUGUUUGUUUGGUUUGUUCUGGUUCAUCCUGCCUCUGUUUCAGUCACUCAUUGUUCUCAAGCUGUGGGACUGAUUUUUCAGUGUUUGCAUAGCUAGACAAGUCAUCAUUUGAUUAUUUAAAUGGGUGUGAAGCUCUUGUGCCCAAAAGCAUUUGACAUGUACAGAUCAGUUUUGCUAGGCUCAUGUUAAGUUUGAUUUGUUGAUUGUACAGGUCUAUUAGGGGAAAAAAAUAAAAGUUAUUGGAAGUGUU